GCAAGUAUCUCGAGAUAUUUGGCCGAAAAAACAAUCUAAGAGAUUACUGGGUGACGAUAGGAAACGAAUUGUGAUUGUGAACUGGAGUGACAGAGAAGAGUUGCUCCAUGUUCUCAUUACAAGCAGUAACAAAAAAUCCCGUGGAAGCUGGAGGUAA